AUGCUGAAAGAACCCUCUGUUCGCUUGCGAGAGGCUAUCAUCGAAGGGAACCUGCUUAUAGUGAAGAGGCUGUUGCGGCGGAACCCAGAUUUGCUGACUAACAUCGACUCAGAGAAUGGAUGGAGCUCGCUGCACUAUGCCUCGUACCAUGGACGGUAUCUGAUAUGCGUGUACUUAAUCCAGCUGGGACAUGACAAGCAUGAGCUGAUCAAGACUUUUAAAGGGAAUACAUGUGUGCACCUGGCGUUGAUGAGGGGGCACGAACAGACAUUACAUUUACUGUUGCAGCAAUUCCCGCCCUUUAUCAACCAUCGCGGUGAGAAUGGCAGGGCCCCCAUUCAUAUAGCGUGUAUGAACGAUUACUACCAGUGCCUGAGUUUAUUGAUAGGGGUCGGCGCGGAUCUAUGGGUGAUGGACACCAACGGCGACACGCCGCUGCACGUAUGCCUGGAGUAUGGCAGCAUAAAUUGCAUGAAGAUGCUCGUCAACGAGGGUGAAAUAUCGUUGGACGACAGCGUCAGGGACAAAGGUAACUGGAAACCCAUCGAUGUAGCACAGACGUUUGAAGUGGGUAAUAUGUACUCGAAAGUGUUAAAAGAGGUCAAGAAGAAGGGGCCACCGCAAGGUGCCGGCAAGAAACCAAGUUCAUUCAGGACCCCUAUACUGAAUGCGAAGGCCGCCUUUGAGGACGGGCCUUCCCCAGUCUUAAGCAUGAACUCGCCCUAUUCACUCUAUUCCAACAACAGCCCGUUACCGGUACUACCAAGAAAGAUAUCGACGCAUGCCACUGGCGGGAACAAUGGCAAUCGGAGGGGUUCCAUCACAAACCCGGUAUUUAACCCGCGAAAACCGACUCUAUCUACGGAUAGCUUCUCGUCGAGCUCCAAUUCCAGCUCGAGGAUAAGAGUGAACACUAUCAACAAUAAGAGCACCUUGGGGGGGUCUCCCAAGAAGGAGCCCAUGCCUGAAUCGGUGAAACACAGCGCAACACCAACGAGCCCGCGCAACAACAUUGCAUUGAUCAACAGGCACUUACUGUCCAACAAGGGCAACGAGAAUGCGAGGGUAGACCCACAGGCGCCAGCGGAUAGCGGCGACAACGACGGUGGCGCCACGAUAGGCAUCGGCCUGAGAGAGGACUCGGAUGAGAACGAGAACAGAUACAAGACCAAGACAAGCCGUGACGAACCACGAAGACGCGUGUCGCUUCUAAACAUACCGAUCUCGAAACUGAGAAACAGCAGUAACGGCAGCAUAGAAAAGUGUUAA